GCAGAGACACAGGAGCAGGGACACCGGAGCAGAGACACAGGAAGAGUGGAGUCUCCGUGAAGACCAACAUCUUUUGGAUGAGCUUGUGAGAAGAAGAAUCUUCAACAGCAAGGCUCUGUUUUUGAUCAGGUUCAAUUUUAGAUAAGUUUUACUCUAAUUUAAAUUAAAGUAAUACUGAAGAGAUUUUCUAGAUGCAUUAGGUCCUGUGUGAAUGGGGAUUUGAGAUUUUUUUCCAGUCCCUCACCCUCCACAGAGAGAUUGUCUUACAGAGCAAGGCCCGACAGAGCUGCUACAGACUUUCUACAACUUUCCCAAGAACACUACAAACUGACUGGUGGUGAUUAGACCCUCUCGGUUAUAGGGUCCCACCCGAUUACUCCUUUGUUUCUCUUCGGAGACAGCAAAGAACAUGCUGUACCUAAAGAAAUACUUCACAGAGGGCCUCAUCCAGGUGGCCAUCCUGCUGAGUCUCUGCGGAGUGAGGGUCGACGUGGGACUGGAGCCCUACCUGCCUCCCUCCUUGCAAGAGAUGAUCAUGGGUCAGACCGCGGCACUGACCCAGACACAGUUCCACAACCUCCGCAACCGCCUGGAGGAUGGCCAGGGCUUGCACCCCAAGAAUGUAGACCUGGACGGAUUUUUCACAACAAGAAGGCUACUGGGCUGGGUCCGCUCUCUUGAUAGACUAGAGAUUCCUCAUGCUGAGCUGGAGACAUGGCUGGUCCAGAGGGAGCCAGAUCCUCUACCCAUUGAAUGUCCAGUUCAAACCUCCCUGCUGGAGAGAGCUCCUGCUCGGGUGGAGAGAGACCUGAGUGGUCUGACUGUGGAGCCCAGACCUGGACUUGGUACCUUGCAGGAAGAAAUGGAGGCAGAAGAUAAAGAGGAAGAAAUACAUGAUGAACUUUAUCACAGUGGUGAUCUGGAUGAGAGUGGAGAGGAAGAGAAGGAUGAAGAGGAAGACAUGGCCAUGAUGCAUAGGCAUUACAUGAGGACAGUGGGAGGAGGAAGAACAGAGGGUUCUGACAGCCGUGCUAACAACAGAGAGUUGAGCAUUGACAAUGAAGCGGAACAGACUUCGUUCCCCCUUCGGGAGUGUUUGAGGCUGUUGGAGGAAACAUUUCCCUUCACAGAGGAACAACAGUUAAGUGAUGUUGGCGGUGGAGGAGGAGAUCUGGGAAGUCACCACUCAGGCAGGGAGACCCUGCUGUCCCCCACUGAUAACCCCACUUUGGACCUGGAGCUUGACUGGCAGGACUUGUUUGCUAUCAUGGAACCAGUGAACACAGAUGUUGACCCAAUGACAUCAUUUGACAACGUCUUAGAGUCAAGACCCCCUGGGACACUGCCUAUUGAGUCGGAAACUUUGAACCUUAACUACAACAACCUUGACAACGGCAUAGCAGAUGCUCACCAGGAUGCCCAGCUAGUAGAAACUCCCCUGCAGCAUGGUUUCUUGUGGCCUCCUAGUCAGCCACAGCUGGAGCCAGCCCUUCUCCCCCUUACUCCCAGUGCAGAGUUGGAUGAUCACAGUUCAGCCUUCAAUACAUGGGAUGUUUCGAAAAACUCCAACGUGAAUACCUUACACAGGCCUCCAGAUCACACGGAUCUCUUGGCAGAGGAACCUUCAGAAGAUUUCUCCAUGGGACAAAAUGCAGAUGAUAACUUGAGUACCUUCAACAUUGACAUGUUAGCUCAAGAUCCAGUGGAUAACAUGGAAGAAAGUGUAGAAUAUGCUCUCUACCCUGGAGACCUCGCUAGCUUUAACGUUAACUUUAAUUCACGCGACUUAGCAGCUCCCAGUCCUUCCCUGUCCCCAGAGAGGGAUGAUAUGACCCAGAACCUUUUGAUAUCUUCCUCCAGUGCCUUUCUAGUUGAUGAGGAGGAUGUUGGUGAUGAUGAUCUCCCUGGCCAACUCAGUGACCUCCUAGAGGAUGCUGCCAUCCUGGAUGAGAUGAGAUUGUUGGACCUGGCUCUGGAGGAAGGAUUCAGUCCAGAGAUGGCAGCCCAGCUGGAGGAGGAGGGCUACCUUGAGUCUGAAAUAGCCAAACAUGACACUGACAGGGAUGGUGAUCACUCUACCACGGAUGUCACAGAGGAUCAGAGUGAACCAAGAACACAUCAGCAAGAUGAUGAUGAUGAGGCAGAAACCGACUCUGGUCUCUCCCUGGACUACAGCUACAGCCCUGCUUCUCCAUGUGCUUCUGAGGCCUCAUAUUAUUCAUCUUCAUCCUCGUCUGCAUCAGACUCCUCUUCAUCCUCUAUGUCAGAUAUGGAAAGUCCCUUCUAUGAAGACAAGGACGAAGAUGCUGAGGAAGGAGUUGCUUCAGAUAUGGAAGUGGAGGUGACCAUAAAGCAGGAGGAGCUGGAUGAGGAGGAGAUGGGGGCAGUAGGAGGAGGGUAUCCUGAAGAUAUUAAGAAUCUCUUCCCUGUUAACUAUGGUGAUCACAAGCUGUUAAAUGGUUUUGCUUGGCUAGAGCAGAUUGACCAUGAUCACACGUAUAACCAGCCCUGGCCCUCCGCCUCCUCUCCAUCAUGCAAUAUACCCGCCAAACACACAAAAUCCUCUCCACAACAUCCCAACCCCAGGAACUACCACUAUUCCUCUUCCAGACACAUCUCUGAGGCCAAAAUGCGGAGCCGAGAUGAACGACGUGCACGAUCCUUGAAGAUCCCUUUCUCCAGCGAGCUGAUAAUUAAUUUGCCAGUGGAAGAGUUUAAUGACUUGCUGACCAAUUAUAAACUCAAUCAGGAGCAGCUCAGCCUCAUCAGGGACAUACGCCGCCGUGGUAAGAACAAGAUAGCAGCCCAGAACUGCAGGAAGAGGAAACUGGAUGUGCUGCUGGGACUGGAGGACAAUGUGUCAGGUUUGAGGCGCCGCCGUUCGCAACUGCUCCGAGAGAAACAGGACGCCCUGAGGAAUCUGCAAGAAAUGAAACGCAGACUGGGCACCUUGUAUGAGGAAGUCUUUUCCAGGCUGAGGGAUGAGGAAGGAAGGCCACUGGAUUCAGCAGAGUACUCUCUUAAUUUUGGGCCCAAUGGUAGUGUCAUGGUGGCCUCACACCAACAAGAAGGAUGGGGGCCACUGACAGGAGAAAAAACAAGCAAGAAACAAAGGAACAAGAAGAAGUGAGGAGGGAAUAUUCUUGGAUGUUUUGGACAUUUGAAAAUACAGGGCGACUUGUGAUUCCUUUGCGGAAUGAUGUGGUGGGAUAAGGGAUUCUUUAUUUGGUGUUAAAUGAAGAUGCUAAAGGAGAACAUUAAAUCCUCAAUACCCAAGGUCCCUGGGGUGUUCUAAAUCCCUGAUAAGUGGAUGGCUGGAGAGGGAAUCAAGACAAAGAGGUUUUCCUGAUGAUGUUGAUGAUAGGGCAACCUUUACUCCAGGAUGAGUUGCUCUCCAUUCUUCACUCUAAACUUUUUUUCUACACUGGAAAAGGAGUUGCAUCCAACUCUUGACAGGCCUGGGAUAAAUUUGGGUCGUCAGUACUCAUUGGGCUCUAAAUAACAGACAAUUGAUGACCUGGGACCAUCAUUAAAAAAUAAACAGUUUGAUGCCUAUGCAAAACCCUGAUUCCCUUCACAUCAGCUGCCCGCGUGACUGGACCAUCCAGCAGGCUGAGAGCCGGCUGGACCCUGGCUGUCAGCUAAUUCAGCCAAGUGCAGACACUACAGUGACUGAGCCACCAAAGAUAGAUUGCUGGUUUCACUUCAGUGAAGCAGAAGGACAGAUGAUUGACGUGGCAGCACAAAAAACACCAUUGUCAGAUGUAUGAUGGAUAAAUCGAGAAGAAGGUGGGAUUUGUAACCAUUCCUCACGUGAUUCAGCUUUGAAGAAAGCAAGUGAUGGAAGAAAUGAAGAAUUUAGUGGACAUGGAGCUUGCAGCCCCACACCUGGCCACUCACAGCCGAUAUAGGCUGCUGGAUCCUCCCUCCAAUUUACUGUUGUAUUUAAGGGGUACAAAGUAAACUCUAACAAACUCAAACUCACAAAUAUUUAAGGCUUCUUGGAUUUUGGAAUCACAGAUGUUCUUUUGCUUUUUUUGUUAUACACCGUUUAACUGAAUGAAGAAUGAUUCAUUUUCUGAAGUAGUUGUCGGCAUUGUUUUCUUUUUUCCUGAAAGCAUGAUAGCAGUGGGUUUUAACUGUGCCUUUUUUAUAUAUAUAUGGAUUUGUGUUUUUACAAAUUUCAGUGUCUGUGAAACUGUAGAACUCCUGUUGCCUGUUCCAAAGAACAUAGCAGCAGUCUGUUUUUUCCAAAUGUGGCAGGAAGGGGGGCCCUGCCAUUAAUGAAACCUACUGUCAAUCAUCAUGGGAAUGGAAAUGUAUGUCAAAUGCCACAAAUACUCACAAGUAUCAAUUUGAAGACAAAUUCAGUAGAAGCGACAGAUUUAUAACAUCAGAUUCUAACACUCCAAGGAUAAUGAGGUACUUGGUACUGUAAAGUUGGUUCUGGUGGUUGUACACAUAGCUGAGCAAGACAGAACUCAUUGGAGAGCAAUUAUUAGUACAUGGAAUUGGCAGCAGUUUGACCUCUUGGUGCUAUUAAACUUUGAAAUAAAUGUACUGGCAAAGUCUUUAUUCAAAGAUAGAAGUGAAAACGAGUUUCUCAGGAAUGAGCAUGGCCAGAACACGCUAGUAUUUUUUCCCCCUACACAAUCAAAACACAUUUUCAGUUUGUGAUACAAUAAUUUUAUGCUGUUUCAUUUACUCUUAUGACAGAAUCAUUUAUAGAGCACUUUUAAAAAUACUCAAGACACUUUACAAAUGAAAAUAAAGUUCAUACUUGAUGCCUCACUUGACCGAUAAUUCCUCUUUUCAAGUGUUCAAGGUAUUUGCACGUCACCUUUUGUAAAAUUAAAAACUAUUAAUUCCUUCUCUCGUGUUUACAAGGUUAGCAAAACAGGUAUCAGCGCAAGUGUUGCCAUUUGCUGUUGUUCAUUAUAACUGGGUUUGUAUUUAAAUGCUGAAUGGUCUUUAUAUUUAGCACUUUUCUAGUCUUGGUGACCACUUAAGACACUGUCAGCACAGCCGUCAGGGGCAAUUUGGGGUUCAGCAUUAUCUUGCCCCCAGGACACUUCGGCACGUGGGAUCGAACCGCCACCCCUCUGGCUAGAGGUCGAUCUGCUCAACCUCCUGGACCACAGCCACCCCACUGAGCUUCAGGUAUGUGUAUAACCAGGUCAGUUGGCAGAGCUUGGCAGUCACAUUUUUAAAUAUACUCUUGCAUUGGGUGCGGACUGGCUUUAUACAUUCAGGUAACAUUAAAACUGAUAUCAUGUUGAUACUGACGAGGAGUUUUUAAUAAUGUGACAUACUCACACUUGUUUUGUUUGACACGAAUGGCAGCACAAAACAAGGGCUGGUUUUAACCAUGACACAGCUCCUGAAUGUUCUCAUAGCUAUGGUGGCUGAUUUUCUUGCUGUAUGCCAUUAAAAAGAAAGCAUUUGAGACACCACAGUACAAAUAGUUAUGAAAACAAAAAAACUUUAUUGUCCAAAACAGACAAAAUAAGAUCAGCCUGACAGUGACAAUCCACGUGAAACCAAUAUACAAGCAACAAGAUAACACAAGCUAAUCUGCUAAACACUGAGAAAAGUUUCAGAGACAAGAUAGAAAAGCUAAGUAGCGGACCCAGAUACGGCUAAUUCAAUCCCUUCCUGUCAAGGGGGAGUCUGAGUGCAGGAUAUUUUAGUCAUAAUACUGAUGUACACAGUGAAGACAUAAGCGCCUGGAACAACUAGCGCUUGUACAGUUACACAAACUUUGGUGAAAAGAUUUUUAAGAUUGACAUUUAGACCUGGAAUUUGGACCCAGAUGAAAAGACAAAAACAGAUGUUGCCGUUUCCCACAGAAUUAAUUAAGAAGACGUUGGUGGUAACAAGGGGAGCACUGCUCACACAUAAAGGUCACUCACACGCAAGAGAUUCACGGUGACAGACACACAGACCAAAGAGUGACAUAAGUUCUCGCGUGAGUUAAAGAACUGCAUUGCAUGCCACAGCUGCUGUGUGGACGGUGGACCAUAGUGCAAGCUAGCAGAAGCAGGACAGCGCGAGCAAGUGCUCUGAAAAUAGUGCUGUAAAUUCGGCUGCACACAGAGUCAGAUCUCUUUUGUUAUUAUGACAAGUUUAAAAAACAUUUCUGGUUGGGGAACACUGGAUGUGGUACCAGUUAAAUGUAUAAUGAGUAUUCAGACUGUGUAGAACAGUAAGAAUGUGAACAUUCUUACUCAAUCUGUGGUCACUUGUGCCAUCUUAUAUGCAACUUACUGCUUUAUGUAAUUUUAUACCUUCCUAAACAUGUCACACGUGGUUAGGGUUCUUUAAAAAUGACCAAAUUCUGUGGGAAAAGGGUCACUUUAUUUAAAAAUAGCUGCUCUGUCAAGGGUUGUGAUGUGACGCAGUGUGAAGUGAAGCAGAGAUAACAUCCACUGGGAAUAGAAAAAUAUAAUUACGGAAAUAUAUUUUUCUCUUCAAGAUAACUCAAAGCAGGAAAAGGCCACCCAUAGUAAACCGUUAGGGGAAAGGAGAUUUGAACUUGCUAACCUAGGUCCGCUAACAGAGUGAGCUACAAUAUUAGCUUUAAUAGAGUAUACCUGGAAAUAAGCACAGCCGGGCUACAUUCAAUAUGAAGUGAUUAUAUUGAUCAUGCAGAAUUCAAAAGCUCUAUCCUAUUAUCCUAUUAGCAAAUAUGACAACGAGUGUUGAACAUAGGACGAUCUGCAAGCAAGAGGAACCAGGAGCUACUGAAAAUUUGCCGAGUCAUUAUGUCUUGAGUGUUGCCCGGCAAGUGCAAGCUAAAAUAAUACAGCCUAGAAAAUACACGUGUGAAAAGAUUAUAAACAAGGUCGUGGAAAUGAAGAUAUUUAUAAUUUUUUAUUUUAUCCUCCAUGGGCAGGAGAACACAGUUGUAUUUGAUAUUGAGUGCCUAUCCACUGAGUGAUGGGACAUUGACCUCAUCAGGGAACCUCCACCUAACCAGCCAAACAAGCCGCUCUCACCACCUCAUCAGCCAAACGAGAGGCAGACCGUAGAUCUAUAAACCAACUAGAGCCAAUGACUCACAGUGACAGCUGAAUUCAUCACUGGUGUACAACACAACAGCUUCACCUUGCACUGUGAAUACAAAUACAGGAGGCAUUCAAAAAGAUUGGUCACCUGUUCUACCUUGUAGAAGAAACAGACACUCCAACAUAACGAUUGUUAUCUGACCAAAGCAGGAUUUCUGAAGCCAUUACAGACAUUUUUUUAUCCACUGACUACAAAUUCACAGAUACUCAUUUGUUUUGUGACAAAAUGUACACAGGACCAUACGGUCAUAUACCAUAUUCUGUCCCAUACAGUUCAAAGAAAACCAUUUGUCUGGUGGAAAAAUGCUAAAAUUACAGUUUCAAAACAUCUUUGGUAUUUCUGUUCUUCAACUUUGUUUUGUUUCCAGGGUGACAUAUGCCAAAACUGAUGUAUUUGCAAUAAGCUAAUAUUUGUCUGGUUAAUAGGUUUUAGAUCUUUUUUGGGUGCUUUUAAAAAAGAUCGACAGCCUGGCAGUGUCCUUUCUGUACAAUGUGUUUCUAUCUGAAGGAUCAUGAGUUGGUACUCGACUCAUCUCCCCUCUAAUCUUUAGGUUAAAGGGCAUCUCAACUUCUUCAGGCUGGAGGUGUUAGUUUGUCUGAGCCAGUACUACACUGCUAUGAGAAGCUGCUACAUGCAAGUCUUCAAUUGAGGUCAAAUAGUGUACCCAUCACUCAGUGGAAAUGACAACCAGCCAGCUGCUGAUCUGUCUGACGCAGUUCAGUGUGUACACACACCAGCCAUUUGACAGGUCACUACCCAGCUUCAGAUCCACCGAACAAACAGCUAAACUCACUUUAGAAGUUCUGGGAUCAAAUCUGCCACAGCUACCAGGAAAUGAACUUAAGUCUGUGCACUUACAUUAAACUCACUCUGUAUAUUGUAACAGAUCAACAGAUUUACAUUCACAAAAAAUUACACGUUUGCCAAUGAACCUCCAUAAUAUGAGCACAAAGAACUAAGCUCAGGUUUGAUAAAAGUUUUAAUUUUAAAAAAUUUAAAAAAAA